AUGGAUUUAGUUAAUCACUUGACCGACAGAUUGUUGUUUGCUGUCCCUAAAAAAGGUAGACUGUACGAAAAAUGUGUUACCAUUUUGAAGGAAUCCGAUAUUAAAUUCCGUAGAUCAGAAAGAUUGGACAUCGCGCUAUGUACCAACUUGCCAAUCGCCUUGAUCUUUUUACCAGCUGCCGAUAUUCCAGUCUUUGUCGCUCAAGGUAGAUGUGAUUUGGGUAUUACAGGUAUUGAUCAAGUCCAUGAAGCUGGUGUUGAAGUUGACACACCAAUAGAUUUACAAUUUGGUAGCUGUAGACUACAAAUUCAAGUUCCUGAAAAUGGACCUUACAAGAAACCUGAACAGCUAAUUGGUAAGACAAUCGUGUCAAGUUUCACCAAAUUGACAUCUCAAUAUUUCGCUCAAUUGGAAGGUACUACCGUGGAUAAGAUGACAACUAAGGUUGUGUUCGUUGGUGGAUCUGUGGAAGCCUCAUGUGCCCUUGGUGUUGGUGAUGCAAUUGUAGAUUUAGUGGAGAGUGGUGAGACUAUGCGUGCUGCAGGAUUAACUGACAUCUCAACUAUUUUAAACACAAGUGCGCAUUUAAUCGAAUCGAAAAAUGCCACAAGCAACUCUGAUUUAAUCGCUACAAUCAAGUCUCGUAUUGAAGGUGUAAUGACAGCCCAAAAAUAUGUUUACUGUAACUACAAUGCUCCAAGAGAAAUUUUGGAUAAGGUGUUGCCUAUCACCCCAGGUAGAAGAGCUCCAACCAUUUCCCAAAUUGAUGAUGCAGGUUGGGUUGCAGUAUCUUCAAUGAUUGAGCGUUCCAAGAAAGGUCUAAUCAUGGAUGAACUUAAGAGGAGAGGUGCAGCUGAUAUCAUGGUUUUCGAAAUCUCUAAUUGCCGUGUAUAA